UUCUUCGUUUAUUGCUAUCUUGUGGCGUCGGUUUCAAUUUGUUUGUUUUCAAUUCUUGGCUUAUAUUCAGUACCAACAUGCUUCGUCGCAACAAGCGCACUUCCUAUUACCAGUAUGAGAUCUAUCUGGACUUCAUGGAGGAAAAUCCGUUGAUGUCGGCCAACAAAUUGAGCCGCACACUGGAUGGAAAAAAAUGGAAGGAGCUGAGCGAUCAGCUGAACAAGUGCACAUCGGGUCCUACUCUGUCGCCGGAAGAAUGGCGAAAGCGCCUCAAUGACUGGAAGAACAGCACGCGCUCCAAGUAUCGACGCAGCGUCAGUUCGGAUGAUAAGAAUAGCUUUAUAACUCCUCUGGAAAAACGAGCUCUGCAAAUUUUCUCCCUUGAACCAACAUACCGAGAGCUCCCUGCUCGCGCGGGUUUCCAGGAAGUGGAGGAGGAGCAUGUGGAGCAUGAAGAACAGGUUGAGGAGGAACAGGAAACGGAGGAUGAACAGUAUCAAGGGCUUUUUCCGGCACACGAAUUGGGUCCCCCAACAAUUAUAAAUGCCCAUAAUACCGGUAAAAGAAUAAGGCUGGAAGGUUCCGGGGAGAUCAUCUACGAAGUAACGAGUCUAGCAGCACCAAUACAAUCUGUUAUAAAUGAACCUGCCAUCUCCUACGGCAAACAAAUCGAGAAGCAGCUAAAACGCAUAUCCGACAUUAACGAGGCCUCUUUGCAUUUCAAGAUAGCCCGCUUCAAAUAUAAUAAUCCCGGAUUCGAGUACAUCCCGGAGUUAUAGCCUUAGUUUUAAUAAUCAUCUUGUACAAUUUAAUAUGUAAGCAUCGAGGGACCUGUUAAUUCUGCGAAGAAUUUAAAGUCACAGAAUAGUACAGAAUAUAUCAGUUGAUAGUUUAAAUCACUUGAGUAAAACAAUCGCUUCAAAUAAAAAUUAUGUUUGUACACUAUA